AUGAAAAAAGCGGAAGGGGUACCCUUAAUGAUGCUACAUACACCAUUUUUCUUACAACUGUAUGAUUCCACAUGUGAUGUUCUACGAAGUAAUUCCUCUCCGAUAAUUGAUCAUAUAGAUGUUGAUAAAUUAUUAUUAUUGUGGUCUGUCUUGACACUUAAACACGAUCUGGCUCUACUAUUUUGGUCACGAACAAAAAAUAAGAUAUGUGCUGCACUCACAGCCAAUUUACUUUACACGAAAAUUAUACAGAAUAAAAAGUUUCAGUUUGACAAAGCAUUGUAUCAAGAGAAAGCAAAGGAAUUUGAAGAAUUAGCCAUUAGUCUAUUAGAUUCACUGUACAAAUUUAACAGAAGAGACUGCAUUUAUUCAAUUGUUAGACAAAUACCAUCAUAUGGAAAUUGUACUUGGCUAACAAUAGCAGCGGAAGCAGAUGCUGAAUAUUUUAUCGCUCAUAGAGCAGUUCAGGAUGUAUUAAAAAAUAUAUGGUAUGGUUAUAUCGACGAUGAAAGAACAUCUGAUAUUACUGUUAUAGUUACAUCAUUUCUACCAUUCCUUAGUGGUUUUCUCCGUUAUCGUAACUCACUUAUUUAUGUAGAUUCGAAUAAAAUGGUUAAUGAAGAAUUUUUUGACUGUACUCAAUAUAUGCCAUAUCAACAACAAGAACUACAGCAUAUGUUAAGCACUACAGAGUCAUUAACUAAACAUCGGGAUACAUUCAUUGAUUUAGAUGUUGACAAUAUGAUCACUAAAGGUUUCUAUCCUCUUUAUUCAUUUGGUCAUCGAACAUGUCCACCAGCUAAUACAAAGAAAGAAAAUGAAUCGGAGAUAUUUAAUGGUACAAUAAUACACAAAUUCUAUGCCAAACAUAAUAAAUUACCGUAUCUGGAACUUCUGCUUUUAAUUUGGGUAUUUACGCUAUUAUGCGAAGAAAUUAGACAAUUUUUUACAAAUGAAGCUCGAACGUAUCAAGGCAAAGUACGUUCGUAUUUUGUGAAUGUAUGGAAUGUAGUUGAUAUUGUAGCCAUUGCACUAUUUUUUAUUGCAUUUAUAUUACGUAUAUUACCUAAUGAAGAUUGUUUCUGUACAGCUAAAAUUAUUCUUGCACUCGAUCUAAGUAUUUGGUAUAUGAGAACGUUGGACAUUUUUUUUGCUGUACCAAAAUUAGGUCCAAAAUUAGUCAUGAUUGCAGAAAUGAUUCAUGAUUUAAAAUUUUUUGUUUUAAUGUUAACUGUAUUCAUGUUUGCAUUUGGUGUACCGGCUUAUGCUCUCAUACAUGGUGUUGAAUCGUUUACAUGGCAUUUACCACGAAAAGUAUUUAAUGUUGCCUAUUGGCAAAUAUUUGGUGAAGUAACCGUUUUAGAUUUGAUUGAAGAUAGUUAUGGACCACCUGGUUAUUUAACAUAUUUUCUUUUGGUUUGUUAUAUGGCGAUUGCUGCCACAUUAUUGGUCAAUUUAUUGAUUGCAAUGUUCAGUAAUACAUUUAAUGUAUAUCAGGAAAAUACCGAUUAUAUUUGGAAAUAUCAACGAUUCAAUUUAGUUUGUGAAUAUUUAAAUCGUCCAUCAUUACCACCACCAUUCAUAUUUUUUUCACAUAUAUGGAGAUUAUUUCUUUUUCUCGGAUCACGAGUUUCCAAAGCUCCAAAAUGUUUAAAACAAAUGUAUAGAAAUCAUUUACAACAAUCAAGAUUCAAAAUGAUUCUUAGUCCAAAAGCUUCUGCUCAUUUGGAAGAAAUCGAAGAUGCAAGAGGUGAUGAAAUUUACUUUCUAUAUUUAAAAAAGAAGAGACAACAACAACAAAGCUCUCACUCAACUUCGACUACAACACCAUCAGCUGCAAACACUAUGGACAACGUAGCCGACUCAAGAGAAGAAAAAAUAAAAUACAAGUUAGAUGCUGCAGUAAAUCAUUUAGUUUCAUUAGAAGAUAGAAUGCGCAUAAUGGAAACUAAACAAGAAAAAGUUAUGAAUUAUCUGGAAAAUAUUAUAAAUGGUAUCAAGUCAAUUGGUGGUAAUAUUGUUAGUACACCAUCGGAGGAAACGACAACAUCGCCAGAUGUGUAG